AUGAUGAUCUACAUCCUCGCGAUUGUCGUUAACAGCACGGCAGCCUCCCGCGUCGGUGCCUCUCGUCCUCCUGUCUCCUGCGUGCACGCCGGAUCGGGCGGGCGGCGGGCGGUCGACAGAUCGACGGACGCCUCUCGAUUCCCAACUCGCGAGUCUGUCAUUAAACCGCCGGAUGCGGUGACCAUCCCUCGCGAGACCCUUGAGGCGACGGUCAUCGAGGUCAUCGGCGCCGCCCCCGGUACUGACGCGGUCAAGCACUUCAACCUCGAACGGCACUCGACAGAGGCGGCCAACUUGACGACCAGUCGCUAUCCGGUGAGCGUUGAACUCGCUGGUCAAGCGGCCGUCUCGAGCGGGCGGCACGAGCUAAACGCCUUCGCGUCGCACGCCGACUUGCUCGAGGGCUUAGGCGUCGGCAAGCUCCUCCUCCCGUUGGCGGCGCCGCUGUGCGCCCACUCUGGCACCUGCCGCGCCGGCGAGGCGCUGGGAAAGUCGUGGGCAGGCAAGCGGUCUCUGCUCGAGGCCGAGCAGGGCGAGCUGGAGGGGGCGGAGCAGGCGCGCUUUGAUCCUGCACUCUCCACGUCAAAUCACCGCACCGAGAGCGAGACGGCCGACACCGACACGGCCGGCGCUCCCUGGUCCCGUCUGGUGCUGCGGUGCCUCGCACUCCUCUGCCAGCUUCGGUCGGGUGGCUCCUCGGCCAGCAAGGUCGGCCCAAUCAAGGUUGAGGGGCAGAAGCGCUCGAAGAACGCGGAGAAGGACGGGGUCCUGACCCCGGCCGGCGGCAGCACCGCCGUUUGGCACACUCCCCUCGCCUGGUGGUGCAGCACGUCUGCGCCGACGCUGCUGCUCCUACUCGCAGCCUGCGGCAGUGGGUUGCUGCGGCUCCGCCUCCUCGCAGCUGACGGCGGGCUCAAGUGGGCGCGGCGCUUCGGCGCAAUCGGACUGCUCGGCAUGCGGGCGCGGCGCUUCGGCGCAGCCAGCGGCGGCGGGCUGCUGGGCAUGUGCGCGCGGCGCUUUGGCGCAGCCUCCGGGCAGCGGGUCAACAAGGCGGGUGGUCGGUUGGUGGUCUCUUGGCUCCUGCUCUUCUUUAUCCCGGCGGCCAUGCCAUGCCCGCUCGGUGACGUCUGCGCCACCGGUUUGUGCUUGAUCACCGACGGCGGCUCGUGCGCCACCUCGCCCAACUACCCGAACGACUACCCGAACUUCGAGGGCUGCACCAUCACUGGCCUGCCGCCCGCCGCGCUGGACGUGAUCGCCUUUGACGUGGAGGAAGACGAAGACUACUGGGACUACGACGGCGACGGCGACCCCACAAAUGAAUGCUACGACUACCUCGUCGUCAACGGCGUGAAGUACUGCGGCACCUCGGGCCCGGCCGGGAUCGUGCCGUCGGAUGGGACCAUGACGUGGGUCUCUGACGAUGAGGCUGUGAGUGAGGGCCAGGAGGCGUACAUCCUCGUGAGCUGGGACCUCCGCUGCGGCGGAGCGGUGGUCAAGUCAUCGGCGGUCUACUCCCACAACGACGUAGGCUUCUUCCAGACCGAGUACACCGUCGCCCUCUCGCCCGGCGUCGAGUGCGAGCUCGACAUGAAGGACUCGUACGGCGACGGCUGGAACGGAGCUACUUGGUCGGGCCUCGGGCAGGAGGGCCUCACCUUUGCCUGCGUGCAUACCGAAGCCCAGGCUCGCAGCUGCCUCGAGCAGACGAAUGGAUGCUACUGCCAUCGGCCAGACGGAAUGUCAAAGAUCGAGCUGCUGCUUUUGGUGUACAGAAUGCAACUUCGGAUCUGCCUCGUGAGCGACGAGCUUCAGGUCGUCGUGGGCGGCGUGAGCUUCGCGUACCCCGGCACGUACGGCCUCCACGCGUGCGGCCGACACGACAGCGGGCUGGAGCCGUCCUGCAACUCGACCGGCUACCCCGGCUGGUGCGAGCACGAGUGGUGCUACGUCGACCAGGCCGCGUGCAACACCGAGUACAACCCGACCGCAUACGUGGAGGGGACCACCCUGCACUACUCGUACCGUGCGUGCGGCUUCAACAACGAGUUUGAAAGCUGCACCGUGUUGUCCUCCACCUACUCCGCGCGGCUGCCGGAGGAGUACACGGGAUGGACCGAAAAGCUGGCCAACGCGAUCUCCAUCGACUGGUCUGGCUUGUUCCUGCCGGAGCAGUGCCUCAGCUACGAUCAGCGGCUCCUCGCCAUCGCGCUCUCCCCCGUCGCCCUCAUCGCGGUGCUAAUGAUCGCGGGAAUAAGCCUGCGGCUCCACGGCUGGCGUGCUGCCCCUGCUCCGCGCGAGAGAUCGUGGUACGCGGAGGCAGCCCUCGGCCUCCUCGACCUCACGCCGGCGGGCCUCGUGCUCAUCUUCUGCUUCGCCUACACCAUCUCUCCGCCCGGCGAGGAGCUGGAUCUGAUCGAGUACAUGCGGCAGGACGCGAGCGUUGAGUGCGGUUCCGACCAGCACGAUGACAUCACCAAUCUCGCCAUUGGUUGCAUCGUCGUCUGGCCCGUCGGUUCGCUGGUCCUCUUCACGGCGCUCCUCGCCGCCUGCUACAAGCCGCUGCAGGCCAAGACGCCGAAUGCUCUGACGCGGGCCACCGCCUUCCUCCACCGGGAGUACGAAACGACCUAUUUCUGGUGGGAGGCGGUCGAGCUGGCGCGCAAGCUCGUGCUGACGGGCUUUGUGCUGCUGAUACCGGAGGAGCGCGCCUUCCUUCGCCUGGUGGUAGCGACCCUGAUCUGCUCGUGCUACGCCGUCGCGCUCGCCGUCGUGCGGCCGUACAAGCGGGUCGGCGACGACGUGCUAGCCGUCGCGGCCGGUCUCGUGCUCCUCCUCCUCUUCCUCGGCGCCAACUGGACGACCAUUUUCCUCGGCAUUGAGGAGCGGCACCCCGGCACAGCGGAGGCCGCCGCCAUCCUCGGGUUCGGCAAGCUGAACGGCGUCGUCAACUCGAUGCUCGUCCUCGUCGGCGUGACGCUCCUCUUCUUCCUCAUCGGCGCCAUCGUCGCCGCCCGCCGCGUCGCCAUGAUCCCCACGAUCCGUCUCGUCUCGACCAAGCAGCCUCCCGAGCUGAGCAUCGUGCUCGGCCUCAAGUGGCACCUCUUCAUCAGCCACAUCUGGUCGACCGGGCAAGACGCCGUAAAGGUAGAUGAUCUAAAGGAUAUUGGGGCGCUCGAGGAGUACAUCCGGCGCUCGCAAACCAUCCUCUUCUUCCUCUCGAGGGGCUACUUCCGCUCCAAGGCGCACCUCUCCCUCCCACAGCGUCUUAGCAAGCCGAUCGUCCUCGUCCAAGAAGCGGACCCUGAAAAGGGCGGCGGGACGCUCCAGGCGCUGCGCGCGGAGUGCCCCGAGGAGCUGCAGCCCGACGUCUUUGACAAGGACUGGCCGCUCACGAUCUGGUUCCGCAUCGAUGAGUUCCGGCUCAUCUCCCUCAAAAUCAUCGCCAAGGCGCCGCGCGGGCCACAGCCGGCCGCUACGCAGUCCUCUCCAUCUCCCGAUCCCGAGAGCCAGUCGCUUGCCUUUUCCAAACAUACCACGCUCUGGGCCUCGCCAGCCAACCCGGGCGCCGCAGAGCUGGCUUGCGAGCUUGCCACGGCCUUUCGCGGCCUCACCGUCUCUACCGUUGCGGACAUUGGCUCUUCUGCAUCGAAUACCUGGUUGGAGGAGGACGGCGAGCGGCUGGCCGAGCAGGUCAAGCAGGCGCGCGAAGACAAGCUGAAGAUCGUCAUGGCGCACGAGAACGACCCGGACCGCGGCGGCUGCCAGUUCUCGAGAAUGUUUGAAGUGUCGCUCGUGCUUCUGGCAAAGCGCCUCGGCGCGAGCCCCGCUCGGUCGCAGGCGGACCUCCUUUCGGACAGCAUCGCCGAGGGCAGCACCAGCCUCGCGAAGCGCAGCUUUGGCGGCCUCAGCCGUGUGUUCGCCAAGAUGAGCAGCCGCAGCUCUGCGGAGGCGCGCGACGUCUCUGGAGGUGAGGCGUCGGUGCCGGUGCAGCAGCAGGUCUGA